AWAUUAAAUCAGCAUUUCKAAACAGYCUYACAGCAUUCAACGCACUGAAUUAUCAAAAAUGCGUGAAUGUAUCUCAGUCCACGUUGGUCAAGCCGGCGUUCAAAUCGGUAAUGCAUGUUGGGAGUUGUACUGCCUUGAACAUGGAAUCCAGCCCGAUGGCCUAAUGCCUUCAGAUCAAUCACUCGGUGGAGGUGAUGACUCAUUCUGUACGUUCUUCAGCGAGACAGGAGGAGGAAAGCACGUACCUCGAGCGGUGUUCGUAGACUUGGAGCCUACAGUAGUCGAUGAAGUCCGUUCAGGACCAUACAAACAACUCUUCCACCCUGACCAGCUACUUACUGGAAAAGAAGAUGCCGCUAACAAUUAUGCUCGUGGGCACUACACAGUUGGAAAAAGUAUGGUUGACCAAGUAUUGGACAAAGUUAGAAAACUGGCGGACCAAUGCACUGGUCUUCAAGGAUUUCUCAUCUUCCAUUCAUUUGGUGGAGGCACCGGUUCCGGAUUUUCCUCUCUUCUUAUGGAGCGCCUGUCCGUCGACUAUGGCAAGAAAUCAAAACUCGAGUUCUCCAUCUAUCCAGCUCCGCAGAUCUCCACUGCUGUUGUGGAGCCAUACAACUCUAUCUUGACAACCCACACCACACUCGAGCACUCUGACUGCGCAUUCAUGGUUGACAACGAGGCUAUUUUUGAUAUCUGUCGCCGCAACCUCGAUAUUGAAAGACCUUCUUAUAUAAAUUUGAACCGUCUGAUUGGACAGAUCGUGUCGUCCAUCACGGCUUCUCUGCGCUUCGAUGGUGCUCUGAAUGUGGACYUGACUGAGUUCCAGACCAACUUGGUACCCUACCCACGUAUCCACUUCCCCUUGGCCACCUACGCCCCUGUCAUCUCUGCAGAGAAGGCUUAUCACGAGCAGUUGAGCGUAGCGGAGAUCACCAAUGCCUGCUUUGAGCCAGCCAAUCAGAUGGUGAAGUGUGAUCCGCGUCAUGGCAAGUACAUGGCCUGCUGUCUGUUGUUCCGUGGUGAUGUUGUUCCCAAAGAUGUCAAUGCAGCCAUAGCAACCAUCAAGACCAAGAGAACCAUCCAGUUUGUCGACUGGUGUCCGACUGGCUUCAAGGUUGGCAUCAACUAUCAGCCACCCACAGUUGUUCCUGGAGGUGACUUGGCCAAAGUACAACGUGCUGUCUGCAUGUUGAGCAACACCACAGCCAUUGCUGAGGCCUGGGCUCGCCUGGAUCACAAGUUUGACUUGAUGUAUGCCAAGCGUGCUUUUGUUCACUGGUAUGUUGGUGAAGGCAUGGAAGAGGGAGAGUUCUCUGAAGCYCGUGAAGAUUUAGCAGCACUAGAAAAGGAUUACGAGGAGGUUGGAGUUGAUGGCACCGGUGAAGACGAUGACGACGAUGAAGGAGAAGAAUACUAGAUUCAAAUAAGCUGAUUAGAGAGACAUUAAUCAAAUACAUCCAAUUAAAGAAUUAACAUAGCUAGCUAACAUUCUUUUACUAUUUUAGGACACACAUAAAUUAUCAUCAUGAUAAUUAUACAAAACAUGGAGAGAUUAAAAAAUGAUAAUCAUUAAAAACGAUAUCCUUUCCAUCCAGCAGGCAUCACUAGACAUCCCAGUAAAAAWAUUAACCAAAAGAAAAACAAUAAAAUMCGGCAARUUCAUUGAAUGGA